AUGUCUCGAUUCUACCUCUUCAUUUCGUGCCUCUUCCUCCUCGCCCCUCUCUUUGCCACGGGAUGCGACGUCGUGUGGACUCUCUACGGCGCGCCUGGCUGCAAUGACCUGAAGGUCGCAUGCGGCUACUCAAUCGUUGAAGAUGGCGGUUGUCUGAACUUCACCCUGCCCGACGGCAGCAUCUCGACCCUCAUCAACUGCACGAACCAACAGACGGCCUUCUAUGAUGGGGAGGGAUGCACCGGUAGCCCCCUCGCUGCAAACGUGACCUCCGCCCAAUGCGCCACCGCCACGAACUGGUACUUCACCAUUGCCUACGACAAGACGGUGUGCUCGGCCGCGUCGAGCAUGGAAUCGACGAGCUUCAUGCCUGCGAUGCUCAGCGCUUGGAUCGGCUUCUGA